CGUGAUCGUAGUAACAACAAUAUGAGUGUCUCGAAAACGGUAGCUCUGCCAACCGGUCAGCGCAUACCUAUCGUUGGUUUCGGAACUUGGCAGGCUUCUGAACAAGAAUUAGAAGCAGCUAUUGAUAAUGCUUUAGAAGCUGGAUACAGGCAUAUUGAUGCUGCUCCAGUUUAUGAAAAUGAACACGUUAUUGGUAAAACUCUGAAAAAAUGGUUUGAUUCUGGAAAAAUUAAGAGAGAAGAUCUUUUUAUAGUAACAAAAUUACCUCCAUCUGGAAACAGACCAGAAGGUGUUGAAAAGUUUUUAAAAAAAUCAUUGAAAGAUCUGCAGUUAGACUAUGUUGAUCUUUAUCUAAUUCAUUGCCCAUUUGCAUAUGCUUAUGGGGAUGAUUUGCAUCCAAAAGAUGAAAAUGGACUCAUCAUUAUAGAUCCAAGUACUGAUCACAUUGCCAUUUGGUCAGAAAUGGAAAAACAAGUUGCUAAAGGAUUAACCAAAGCGAUUGGUUUGUCUAAUUUCAACAAAAAGCAAAUUGAUAGAAUACUUAAUGUAGCAAAGUUACCAGUGUCUAUGCUUCAAAUUGAAAUGCACUUAUACUUUCAACAAAAAGAAAUGAUAGAAUACUGUAAAAAUAAAAGUAUUCAAAUAACUGCUUAUUCGCCUCUUGGCAAUAGAAGUUUGGUACAACUUUUGGGCAGAAGUGAAACAUUUCCUGAUUUAUUUAAAGACAAUGUUGUGCUUCAAAUAGCAAACAAACAUGGGAAAAGUCCAGCCCAAAUUGCAUUAAAACAUCUAACUCAAAAGGGAGUGAUUGUAAUUCCUAAGAGUACAAAUCCUCAUCGUAUUCAGGAAAACAUUCAACUUGAUACUUGGAAACUAGAUGCAGAAGAUAUUGCAACCUUAAAUAAUUUGGAUCUGGGAGAAAAGGGUCGGUUGUGUGAUUUUUCAUUUUUUCCUGGAUUAGAAAAACACCCUGAGUUUCCCUUUUGAAAAAGUUUUGAUUAUGUCAAAAACUAAGGGCAGUUUGUGAAUUUAUUGGUCGAUUUUGGAUAGUAACAAAUUAUAAACAUAACCUCAAAAUGGUGCUAUAUCAAUCAGAAAAUAACAAGAUUUUUAAAGAUAAAUGAACAAAAUUUAGUGGCAUAAUAUUUUUCUAUAGAUUUAAAAAGUACAAACAAACAAAUUUCCAAUAAAACA